CAGAAUUUAAAAGUGUUUUUUCCUCUUGCGGACUAAUCAGAACAGGUUCGGUGGCGUUUUCCCUCAUCGUCACUAAUCAGUGAAUGGGUGAAGUACAGAUUUAGGACCUACGCGUCACUAAAGUCACUAAGUGUAAGUGUGAACAUGCAGGUUUAACCGCCGUCCGGCUCAGCCACUCAUUUUAAGGAGUGACACCAUUUUGAACCCUGUAUUUUCCCAGCAGCUCCUCUUCGACGCCCCCUGGCGCCCCUCCUCUCCGACCACCAGCGUCCCAUUGUCUCGGCUCCCUCAGCGGGUCUGGAGCUCCGUUAGGCUCCUCAGACUAACGGCCUCCCAUCACCCCUCUGUCCGCUUCAGGCUCACUACCCGCGAGGCAGGAUUUCUCCGUCUGACUUCAUCUGUGUGGAGGUUUUAAGUCAGACUGUUGAUGUUUUCUAAAGAGUUCAGGUUUUUCCAGCACCUCGAGGGAACGAGAAAAGCCUCCGGCAGAGACGCGGCUCGGCUCGGCUCGGCUCGGUCAGCCGCGCGGCUGCGACCGGGAACAGACCAUGAAACGCGAGGCUGAGCGGGGCUGAGCGGAGCGGGGCUGAGCGGAGCGGAGCGGAGCGGAGCGGGGCUGAGGAGGCGACACUGUCCAGACUGAAGCUAUUCGACUCACUGGAUUUCAGAAUGACCGAGUGACCGUUUGUGUCCAGGAAACUGAAAUUGGCCGGGUCUAAAGAUGAGAGCCGCGCCUGCUUUUACCGAAGAGGCCAGAGGCUUUUGGAGCAAGUGCUGAAGAUGGGCCAGGAGAUACACAGCAACCAGCGCUCUUUUUGACAGCUGGGAAUUUGAAAGAAGCAGGAAUUCCCCGCUCUCCGGUGGUGUCGCCAUGGCGAGUCUGGUGCUUAAUGACACUGGGCUAGAGGACUGCGGCAUUGAUGACUCCUUCAAGUACAACCUGUACGGCGUCGUGUACACCAUCGCCUUUGUGCUGGGCCUCGUCACAAACUGCGCCUCGCUCUUCGUCUUCUGCUGUCGCAUGAAAGUGCGCAAUGAGACGACUCUCUUCAUGACGAACCUGGCGUUAUCUGACUUAAUAUUCGUUUUCACUCUGCCAUUCAAGAUCUACUACAACAUCAGACGCCACUGGCCAUUUGGCGAUAGUCUUUGCAAGAUCUCUGGAGGAGCUUUCAUCACAAACAUCUAUGGCAGCAUGCUGUUCCUCACCUGCAUCAGUGUGGACCGCUUCCUGGCCAUUGUUUAUCCCUUCCGCUCGCGCACCAUACGCACCCGCCGCAAUGCUGGCAUUGUGUGCGCUCUGAUCUGGUUGCUUAUCUUGGGUGGAGGCAUGUCAGUGACUUUCUUCUCUGCCACCAACCGUGCCAAAGCGAGCACUACUUGCUUCGAAGGCUUCUCCCAGAAAACGUGGAAGACCUACCUGUCCAAGAUCACCAUUUUCAUCGAGGUGGUGGGCUUCCUUAUCCCUCUGCUCAUCAACCUGGCCUGCUCCUCCAUGGUGUUACGAACACUACGCAAGCCUGCCACACUCUGUCAAAUUGGCACCAAUAAGGAACGCGUGCUCCGCAUGAUAGUGGUGCACCUGGCCAUUUUCAUUGUCUGCUUCGUGCCAUAUAACUCCGUUCUUUUUGUCUAUGCCAUGGUGCGCACUCAGGCCCUGGCUAGCUGUUGGCUUGAAAGACUAGCACGAACUCUCUACCCUAUAACGCUCUGCGUGGCGACUUUGAACUGCUGCUUCGACCCAGUGGUGUACUACUUCACGUCUGAGUCCUUUCAGAAGUCACUGACCACUGGAAAAUGCCAAACUAAGCAGGAAAAUGUGCUGCGCAGUGAAGCGCCUGUUUCCAGCAAAGACAAUACCAACGCAGAAACAGUCGAAACCAAUGCACUGUCCAGCAAUGGGAAAGAACAGAUUACAGAGACUCAGUUUUGAGACCACACCUUGAAUAACUGCAACUCCAGUAUGGAACUCCAGACAAGUUCAAGAGGAGCUUUGUUAAGUUCCGUAUUGAGGAUUUAGCUCCGAGGAUUAUGCCUAGCCAGAGGAAAUUAUUAGAGUUUGGUCUUUUUCGACACUUGGACACGUUGCCUCUUCGGCCAAGUGGCUUAUUAUUGUUAUUAUUAAUUCUGUUCAGGUCAGGUCCAGCACUGUCUCUCCGUUUACAGGAAUAAACAAAUGUUAAUGACCGUGAAUGAAAAACAUGAAUGCUUUAGCCGUUGGAUAUAAGAAGCCCAGUGCCGAGCGCCACAUCACUGUGUUUAAGUUGCACCUGCGAUGUCGAUGAUUAUGUUUAGUUGUUCAGCUAAAGUACUAAAGUCAUUGUUCUAAAUAUAUCCAUCCUAUUCAGGUUUUCUACAAUCAAAAUAAUUAAUUAGUGUUUAUGUAAAAAAAUUCUACUCCUUAGCUUUUCCUAACUUAACUUAUAGAAAUGUACAUGUGUAAAAUUUGCCACUGAACUAUGUUAACCGCUUAAAUGUCUUGGUGUGUGUACACACAUCCAAAUGCACUGAACUGCAGCGUUGUUUGUUUUUUACAUUACGAUAAAAGUGCCUGAAAGUGCCAGGUUUGAAGAACCAUCAGCUCCUUACUAAACAGCACUUUUAUAUGUUAUCUAUCUUUUACUGUAGACGGCAGAUGAUAGGCAAUUAAAAUGCUUAUGACUGA